GCACGAAGGGAUUUUGUUUGCAGUUUAAUGGCAUAUAUGUGCGAUUUUCUCCUGGAUUGGUAUUAAAUGUUUAAACUAGGGGGAAAGGUCAUUAUAAAUCUCAGCCGCUGAUAUGUCCCUCAGAAAAGAAGUAUUCCAGUCCAAGGUCCUGCAAAGACUGUAUCCUGCAGCCCAAAAGCAGAGUGUGCUGCAACCUGCUGCCCAGGAGCGGAGCAUAAUUGCACCUGUGCCACCUGUAGAAAGACCUCAGUCCAUCACACCCAAUAAGUCAGGUAAUGAGAAGAGUACAGCUGUACCAGGCAAAAAGCUCUACACUGUUCUUCCUCCUCCUGAAGGCUACCUCAAUAAUAGUGAGGAGGAUUUGGUCACACCAUCCAAUCCAGAUCCCAUUGACUCAGAGGACAUCCCAGCCGAUGCUGAUGACCAUGAGUUACUUAAGAGGAGGAAAAGGAGGAGAAAGAAAAAAGGGUUACCCAUUACCACAGAGGAAGUAUCCACCCCUCUAGCAGAGGGCAAUAUGCUGGGGCAAACAGAUGCUGCACAUCCCAGUGAUGAAGGGGACACUAGAAGCUCAGUCAGCACAGAGCGGCUCAGCAAGAACAGAAAGAGGAAGAUGAAGAAAAAACGUCACAAAGAAAAAGUCCUCACUCUUGGAUUGAUGCCUCGAGCAAGAGCUGUUGAAUUCAUGUAUGCACAGAGUGGAGAUGGAAAUUCAGAGGAGGUGCUCAACUUCCUUCGUACCACACAGGAGAUCUACCUCUCUGAUCGCAAAUCCUCUGGCUCCUGUGUAGAAAGCGGCCCCUCUCUUUCCCUCACUGCAGCGGAGUCUCUGUUCUCUCGUCUCUCAGGCAGGACACUGCCCCCUGCUGAGAUCUCAAGGCUGUGUGGACUCAGGGCUGUACUGGUGAAGAAUGAAGAGCAGUUAAAAUCAAAGCUGCAAGAAUUCAGAGAUACAAGCACAUUACCUGCAGAUGAGGUUUCAGUAGUCUGCACUCUUAUUGAGUAUUGGCUGGCAGAGAUUCUGCCCAUGCAGAGACAGCAGAGGACAUGACGCCCUCAGAUUCAGUGCCUGAGAGGAAAAUGACUGUGAAUAACCAGCAAGUCUCUGAUUGUAAUAUCUCAUUAUGAAAGAGAUCUUCAGUCAUGCUGUUUUAUAGUCAAGGAAUUCCAGAAACUCGCCAUCAAUCAGCUGCAGCAACAAUUUGGAUUCCUUUUGAAGACCAAGAAUGAUAUAUUCUAAUUUAUCUUGCCUUCACAUUAAUAAUUACCUAAGAAAAAUAUAUUUUUUCUCUGCUGCUUGUUCUUUCUUCAUAGGGCACCAGUACACUCUCAGAGAUGUUCCACAAAGUAUAUUUCUUCAAAACAAACACUAAAGUAUCGUUCUUCAGCUCAUUAUGAGGAGUCUGUGGUUUAGCCUCUUAGCAGCUAAUUAUCUUAACAUCACAAGGUCAGCAGCCCCUCACUGAUCUCACAGCCUGUUUGGAUCAUGACUUUUAAGCUUUUGCACAGUAGACUGCUCGCUAACAUCAUUUACCCAAACCAGUGCCUCAUUUACAUUUUCUUUUUCUAUUCAAUGAGCUACUUUGGGCCAUCAAUGUGACGAGCCACUGUGACUUUCAGUGUGACUAGAAAAAUAUGUUUUAGUGCAGUUGUUAAGAUAUUUAUUAAAGUUUUAAUUCAAUUUG